UUGAAAUCUGGUGAGCCCAUGAGACGAAGCCCAGAAAUAAAAAUUAGAGAGAAAGAGAAAGUGAGGGCGUUGAUUGUGGAAGAAUAAUAAAACGGAGAUGGGUGGCAGAAGGUUGAAAAACAGAGAAACCAUGGGCGUUGAAUCGGUGGCGCCGUCGCCGCCACCUCCGAGAUCGGAAGGAAAAACCGCUUUGCUCCAAAACCCCAAGAUAGCCUUCUCACUGGCUCUUCUCUUCGCUGACGCUCUCCUCGUCACUCUCAUAAUCGCGUUUGUACCUUAUACGAAGAUAGAUUGGGACGCUUACAUGUCACAGGUUAGCGGAUUUCUCGAAGGGGAGAGAGACUUCCGCAACCUCAAAGGCGACACUGGUCCUCUCGUCUACCCUGCUGGCUUUCUCUACAUUUACUCUGCAUUUCAGUAUCUUACCCAAGGACAAGUUUACCCUGCUCAGAUUCUGUUUGGUGUAUUGUACAUCAUUAACUUAGCAAUCGUUCUCGCCAUCUAUGUCAAAACUGAUGUGGUUCCUUGGUGGGCCCUUUGCUUGCUUUCUCUAUCCAAGAGAGUUCAUUCCAUCUUCGUGCUUCGUCUGUUUAAUGACUGUGUGGCCAUGACACUUCUUCAUGCUGCAUUACUCUUACUUGUGCACCGAAGGUGGAAUCUUGGGUUGAUUGUGUUUAGUGGAGCUGUUUCUGUAAAGAUGAACGUGCUUCUUUAUGCUCCACCUUUACUGGUCCUCAUGCUGAAGGCUAUGGAUUUCAGUGGCGUGUUAUUGGCAUUAGCUUGGGCAGCAGCUGUUCAGAUAUUACUGGGGCUUCCUUUCCUGGUUUCAUAUCCAGUUGCGUACAUAUCGAGCGCCUUCAAUCUUGGUCGCGUCUUCAUCCAUUUCUGGUCUGUUAACUUCAAAUUCAUCCCUGAGCCAGUAUUUGUGUCCAAGGGAUUUGCGGUCUUUUUGUUGGCUGCUCACCUCAUAUUACUUGCUUCAUUUGCGCAUUAUAGUUGGUGCAAAUGCUUUAUGCACAUACAUGAGGGGUUCAGUUCAUUCUAGCUGCACAAUCUUUUAAAUUCAGGGAGGUGAGUUUUGAAGGUUUUUUGCUAUUAACCUAUAUAGUAGGGGGUUGUAUUUGUAAUUUGGAAAAGAAAACUUAAUAUAUCUUGUCAAGUCAUAGAUUUAAUAAGUUCUUUUUCUUCUGUUUGACCAAUAAAUAAUGAGAACCGGCAAUCAUUUUUAUUUUGUGGUACCAAAUGUUGGACAGUGACGUGUCAACAAAAUCAUAAAUAGGUGUCAUAGUCUUGCAGAGAUGAGAAUGCUGUGUUGAUGAGUAUACUUACUACUAGAAUAGAUAAGACGAUGCAUGAAUGAAUUAGAGAGAAAGUAGGAGUAACUGUUAUUCAGGGGAAAAUGGUAGGAAUGUAUCUAAGAUGGUUUGGCCAUGUUGGGAGAUGAUAGACUCAAAUGAAUAGAGUUGAUUAGAUAGAGGAUAGCUUAAGAUUGACUUGGA